AUGAAUGUGAAGGAUCUCCUCGAGGCAUUGCGCGAACAAAGUCUUGCUAAGCCGAUACAAAGACCUCAUUUCCUAUGUGUAGCAGAACACGAUACCUUGCCGUCAGACAGCGCCACAACAACUCCCUUUGCGUGUACUCGACCGGAUUCCAGCCGGUUUGUGACUCAAAGGUCGCAUGUGCAAUGGCAGAAUCCGGAAAUUGGUUCAACCACUGCACCCCCAUUCACGUUACUAUCACAGAUUGAAGAUGCAUACGGAUGUUGCACAGCCAUUUCACCCUGGCACCCACUGUCCGUCAAUAUGCUCGCCAUCGCACUGCUAACUCUGCUCACCGCAGCCUCCGCCAUACCCUUGAAGGAGCGUGAGGAGAAGAACCUCGUUCCUGGAAAAUACAUUGUUAAGUUCAAAGAGGACAUCCACACCAGUGCCGUUCAAGAUAUCCGAUCCAUGGUCUCCGCUUCCUUGGACCAUGAAUAUUCCUUCCCUGGCUUCCUAGGCUUCGCGAGCACACUCUCCGAAGAAGAGUUUGCCAGACUUCUCAAGUCGGAUUUUGUCAGUCAUUUAUUCAACUGCAUUAUCGAAUACAUCCAACAAGACGCCAUUGUGAGCGUCACAGCCAUUGAGACGCAGUUCAAUUCCACAUGGGGCCUUUCCCGCUUAUCCCACCACCAACGCUCAAACUGCACACCCACAUACGCAUUCGACGAAACAGCCGGACAAGGAACAUGCGCCUACAUCAUCGACACCGGCAUCGAAAUCGACCACCCCGAAUUCCAAGGACGAGCCGAAUUUCUCGUCGACACCUCGGGCGAAGAUAAACUCAUCGAUGGCUACGGCCACGGCACCCACGUCGCUGGCACCAUCGGAUCCGCAACCUACGGCGUCGCCAAGAAAACCCAGCUCUUCGCCGUCAAGGUCCUGCGCACAAACGGGUACGGCACGACUGCCGGUGUCAUCGCGGGUAUCAACUUUGUCUACAACGAUGCCAAGACGCGGAGGGCGCAGUGUGCAAAGGGUAUCGUGUCGAACAUGAGCCUGGGCGGGGUUAAAAAUAAAGCGAUUAACGAGGCGGCUGCAGCCCUCGUCUCCUCGGGCGUCUUCCUCGCCGUCGCAGCCGGCAAUGAAGGCUACCCAGCCUCAUACUCGUCCCCCGCCUCCGAACCCAGCGUCUGCACAGUCGGUGCCACAGACAUGAAUGACCGCAUGCCCGAAUGGUCCAACUGGGGCGAACUGGUCGAUGUGCUGGCGCCUGGCGAAAACGUGACGAGUACCUGGGUCGGGGGCGGCAUGCGCAAGGUGUCGGGUACCAGUAUGGCGACGCCGCAUGUUGUCGGGCUGGCGGCGUAUUUGCUGGGUUUGGGCGGGCAUACCGAGGCUGGCUUGUGUGGUGUGAUUCGGGAUAUGGCGACGCAGGAGGUGGUGGAGUUGGGGGCGUGGCAGACGGGGACGCCGAAUUUGUUGGUGUGGAAUGGGGUGGAGGAGGGUGUGCGUAGGAAGAGGUUUGGGGGGGCGAGAACAGUUUGA